CAUACUUUAAUUUUAAGUUAUAUCAAGAAGCCCAUAAUAUAUCAAGCUCAUCCAACAUAUGGAGCUCAUCCAAGCUGACUCUGGGCAGUCGGUAGCAAUCACCACACAGGAACAUCGGAGCCGGAAUCGAAUCCACAACGUUCGCACUGUGAGAAGUGCUGACCACCAUGGCCUGUAAGAUGCGUUGCGUUAAUUCACCCCUUUCCACACCUAAAGAAUAAUGGAGGAUUCUCAUUUUAACUCCUCCUAUUUCUGGUCCCCCAUUCCCACUAUGCCGGGACAGCUGGAGAAUGCCGUGUUCCUGAACAAAGUGAAAGAGCAGCAGGAAAAGAGCGCCUCCUUCCCGCCGCACUCGGCGCCCCACUAUCAAACGACGUUGCUCGGCAUCCCGACGCCGGGGGGCAAGACGGCGGAUGGUGGCGGGCAGCCUGCUGGCGCCGCCCAUCUGCACCCGCCGCACAGCAGCCAGAAUAUCACCGUGCUGCCAGUCCCCUCCACGGGCAUCAUGACGGCAGCGGGACUGGUCAUCACAACUCCCCAAGGAACCUUGGUGUCUCCCACAUCCUCGCCGUCCUUUGUGUCCGCACACCCUACCACCACCAUGAUCGUCUCCGCCGUUCAUUCUCAGGACAAAAAAGAUGACUGCACGUCCCACGUGGUGGUGGUGCCGGCGCCAUCUAAGCGAGGCCGCAAGAAGAAGAGCAUGGCGGAAUCGGGCAGCGAAACCGUCAUACUGGCUCAGCUCAGCGCCGGCGGACAGGUGACAGCUUUGCAUCAUCACACCCGAGAUCCAUACGAUUUGUCCAACGAGGACGGGGACCCUGGGCUGAAAGACAGCACCAAGACUUACAGGUGCCGGAUGUGCGCAGCAACCUUCUUCAGUAAGUCUGACAUGCAGCUCCACUCCAAGUCGCACACAGAGGCCAAACCUCACAAGUGUCCACACUGCGCCAAGUCGUUCGCCAACUCCAGCUACCUGGCGCAGCACAUCCGCAUCCACAGCGGGGCCAAGCCUUACACCUGCUCCUACUGCCAGAAAUCGUUCAGGCAGCUCAGUCACUUACAGCAGCACACACGUAACCACACGGAGUCAAAGCCUCACAAGUGUCCACAUUGCACCAAGUCGUUUGCCAACUCCAGCUACCUGGCCCAGCACAUCCGCAUCCACACGGGCGUUAAGCCUUACACAUGCUCCUACUGUGAGAAGUCAUUCAGACAGCUCAGUCACCUUCAGCAGCACAACAGGAUUCAUACUGGAGAUCGGCCAUACAAGUGUACGAAUCCUGGAUGUGAGAAAUCCUUUACGCAGCUCUCCAAUCUACAGUCCCAUCGACGUCAGCACAACAAAGACAAACCUUACAAGUGCCCCAACUGCAACAAAGGCUACGUGGACGCUGCCAGCCUGGAGGUGCACAUGUCCAAACACACGGUCAAGCACGCCCGAAUCUACUCGUGCGGCCUUUGCAACCGCACGUACACCUCAGUAAGACCCAUAUGCAUUUGUGAAGAGAAUUCCCAGUGGUCUCGGUGGCCCCACACGCCUGCCGGCUACGUUACUCCGUGUAGUCAUGUGUCCGCUGUCUCCCCUCUACCUUCACCCCAGGAGACGUAUCUUGUGAAACACAUGGAGAAACACGGCCAAGAGCAGUUGAACGCCUCCGACGGCGUGGCGGCGGCACAGCACAGCCAAGGCCAGGCGGCUCGCGCUCAGCCCAGAGCUCGUAGCCGGGCCGAAGGCUCGGAAGGCGUGGAGGGCAGAGCCGGGCGCGGUCAAGGCGGCUAUGGCCAGCCGAACGCCAUUCCCUGUCCUUUUGACCUUCACCAGUACAAGACGGUGUCGACGGGAGAUAUCCAGUACAAACCCAUCGGCGUGUCGGACGUUGUUCCCCACAAGGACCUCUGCCUAACCGUGACGUCUUCCGGCAUUCAAGUGGAGCACCUCAACUCAUAGAGACGCAGGCGGAUGAAAACGCAUCCAAGGACAUCAAAGCAAUACUAAAACAAAACGAGAACAUUUGGAACUGUGCCUGCAAAUGUUUUCUUGUUUCUCUGACGGGUGUGGUUUUUAUUUUGCUGGAGUGUCCUCGUGGAAGAGAAAUGUGAGCCAAUGAAAAGAUUUACAGUCCAUCACAGUGAUGGUUUAAAAAUGAAGCUGGAGGAAGCGAGAGAUUGAGUGCUUGUCUUGUCCUUUUAUCACCUGCUCUUCUGUACAAAUACAGCGGGUGGCUCAUAACCAUGUUAUGCUCUGCAGACUAUUUGGAAUGACUUUUUACAUCAGUGUUAUGAACUUUUACUGCGUGGCAGACUUUGUUAAAGGCACAGAGGUUGUUUACUUUUCAGGAAAGUCAAAAAGAAUUGUAUUUGUAGAUACAUUGUGUACUACUCUCUGAUAACGUGUAUCGUGUGGAUAAGUAUGUAUAAUGUACACUCCAAUGCAGGCUCUUGCUCGCAUUGUAAUGCCAUCAUUCUGCUCUGUGUAUGUCGAUUGGUGUGUCUUGCUAUGAAAUAUGCUCAGCAUAAUGUUUGCUGAGUGAGGGACGCACUUGCACAUCUGACUUUUUAAGAGAGGAUAUUGAACAAUAAACACCUUUAUCACUGAUUUGUUUAUGGACAUUCAUCACAUUCGGUUGUAUUCAAUGUGUCUGAAAUCUACUUUGAUUUAAAAAAACAUUGUAAAAAAAACCUCGAAAUGGUAAUUUUUAUUUGUGUAAAUAUUAAUAAAUGUUUUGGAACAUUUA